AUGAUUCUGUGCUGUAAAUGUGGAAUACUUAUCGAGCCGAGACUGAUGAACAUGUGUGACAGAUGUCUUGUAACUGAAGUCACAAUAUCUUCCAAGGUAAAGAGAAAUCUUGUUGUGGAACGCUGCAGAGGCUGCGAGCGGUAUCUUCAGCCUCCAAAGAGUUGGGAGGGAUUUUCUUGGGGAUCGAAGGAGCUUCUUCUUUUUUUGAUAAAGAAGAACAAAACACUCAACGGUCUCUGCAUUGUGGACUCGAAUUUUGUGUACACAGAACCGAAUUCCAAAAGGAUUGUGGUGGCACUCACAGUGUCGGAGUGUGGAGUGGAACAGCCUUUGGAGAUCAAGUAUGUGAUUAAGAACAUGCAGUGUUCGGAUUGUGCAAAGGUGGAGGCAAAGCAGUUCUGGAACAGCCUGGUGCAAGUCCGGCACAGAGGAAGACACAAAAGGAUGAUGAUAUAUCUAGAGCAUCUUGUUCUGAAGAAUAAUGCAUAUGGAGAUACCAGCAAUAUAAAACAAAGAAAAGAAGGACUGGACUUCUAUUAUAUCGAUCGAAAUGCAGCGUCCAGAAUGGUAAGUUUUCUGCAAAGUGUUCUUCCAGUCAAGACCAAGGUAUCUGAAAGGCUGAUAAGCAAGGAUGUUCAUACCAGUAAAUGCAACUACAAGUUCAGCUAUUCUGUUGAGAUUGCACCUCUAUGCAAAGAUGAUUUGGUUGUUGUUGGGAGAAGCCUUUCGCAGAGUCUUGGGAUUGGGAGUCUAGUUCUUGUCCAAAAGAUAGCCACAAGCAUUGUCCUUUUUGAUGUGGGAUUGAUGAAGAGUGUUAGGAUUGCAGGGUCGUUUUACUGGAGUAACCAAGAUGAAUUCAAAGUGCUGAUGAGUUCGAAAGACUUCACUAAAUAUUCUGUUGUGAUGAGGGAUGAAAGAAGAAGGAAAGGAGGAAUAGGAUACGACCUCACUGUGACAUCCGAUGGAAGUGUGUUUUCCGAGGCCAGAUUUCAUCUUGGGAAUGUAGAGGAGGAUGAUGAGAUUCUGGGGUAUGAUCUUCGGCAUUUGAACUUAACUGUGGAGUGUGAAGAGAAACCCGAAGUUGUUCUUGUGAGGAAGAUGCCCCGAGACGAUGUUGUAUGGAAAAUAGAUGUUCCACAAGAAAGCCAAAUGGAGUACAGGUUGUUUGUAGAGGAUGUGGAGAAUGACAAAGAGAUGGUUGAAGGCCUUUGUUUGGUUGAAGAGAAAGGGGGAAUAGACAAAAAAAUAGAGGCAUUCCGAGUUAGCUGA